AUGUCCCACCAGUCCCCACCAAUACAGACGGGCGCACAGCUGAUCGCCCACUCGCUAAAAUCCCUCGACGUGCGAAUAAUCUUCGGCAUAGUCGGCAUCCCAGUGAUCGAGGUGGCGGAAGCCUGUCUAGCCCUGGGGAUCAAGUUCGUCUCCUUCAGGAACGAGCAGGCAGCUUCCUACGCCGCGAGCGCGUACGGGUACUUGACCGGUCGACCGGGAGUUUGUCUUGUCGUCGGUGGCCCGGGGGUGUUGCACGCCAUGGCUGGCGUGAGCCUCCCACCGACUCGUUUACCACGCGCGGUGGAGAACUGAUUGAGAGGCGUGCAGGUCGGGAAUUCCACAGCGAACGCGACAUACCCAUUCCUACUCCUCGCCGGAAGCGCGGAAACCGGUGCGGGGCCUACAAGGGGUGCGUUCCAGCAGUUGGACGCGGUAUCACUACUGGCCCCGCACACGAAAUUUGCCGUUCGACCGCCGAGCUUGGAAGACCUGCCGCGGUCGAUCCGGGAUGCGUAUCGAUUCGCCUUCUACGGGAGGCCGGGGGUUGGGUUUGUCGAUUUGCCGGCGGACUAUAUCCAGGGUGUGCCGAGGGAAGUUGUGCCGAUUGAACGGGUGGAGGAGCAACCCCGGGUUCUUGGCGACCAACGGAGGGUGAUGGCGGUCGCGGAGGCGUUGAAGGGGGCGGAGAGACCGCUGGUCGUCAUUGGGAAGGGAGCAGCGUACGCCAGGGCUGAGGGGGUAUUGAGGGAGUUUAUCGAUGCGUAAGGAUUUACUGCUUUCCGCCAUCUAUCUGUCCAUCGAAAGACUCAUUGAGGCUGAUGAAGGCGAUAGGACUAAAAUUCCCUUUCUCCCGACCCCCCAGGGGAAAGGCGUCCUCCCAGACGACCACUCACUCAACACCUCGUCCGCCCGCUCCGCCGCCCUUGCAGGCGCAGACGUCGUCCUCCUCGUGGGCGCCCGGCUAAACUGGAUCCUGCACUUUGGCGAGCCGCCGAAAUGGUCCACGGGGGUACGCAUAGCCCAAAUUGAUAUCUCCCCCGAAGAGCUCGAUCGCUGCGCCGCCGAUCCGACACUCUCGAUCCAUGGGGACAUAACCUCCGUAAUCGCCCAGCUAAAAGCCCACCUCUCAGACCACCGUCACAUCUCCUCCUCCUGGAGCAACACGCUCUCCGAAUCCGCUGCCAAAAACUUAGCCAUAGCGCGGGCGAAAGCAUCGACGCCAACAAAUCCACUAACAUACCAUCGCACCUUUUCACUCAUUAAAUCAACUCUGGAAUCAUUAUCCCCAGGCGGCGCCGAGAACCUGGUCUACGUCUCAGAAGGCGCCAACACAAUGGACAUCUCGCGCAGCAUCUUCACCGUAUCACAACCCCGCCAGCGCCUGGACGCAGGCACCUACGCAACGAUGGGUGUAGGCCUUGGCUACGCCAUUGCUGCCGAAAUGGCUUACAACCACACCCGCGAAGCCUCUCCCCUCUCCUCCUCAUCAAUCAGGAAAAGGAUCAUAUCCCUAGAAGGCGACAGUGCCCUCGGCUUCUCACUUCCGGAAAUCGAAACCAUGUCCCGCUACCGCCUUCCGAUCAUCAUUUUUGUCAUUAACAACGGGGGCGUGUACCACGGCAUAUCCGACAACACGCCUACAUGGGGCGCGGAUUGGUGGGAUGUGGAUAAAGAGGGGAAGAGGAGGGAUAUUCUCCUGACGAGCACUGCGCUGGGUUUCGAGACUGAGUAUGAUAUUGUUGCUAGGGGAUUGGGAGGUAGGGGGUGGAGGGUUGUGGACGAGGGGGAGCUGGUCGAGGCUGUGCGAGAGGCGUGGAGGCAUAGGGAUGGGCCGAGUGUGGUGAAUGUUAUUGUUGCUUCUGGGGUUGGGGGAAAGUUGGAGUUUGGAUGGCUCGGGAAGGAGAAGGGGAGCGGGGGGAGUAAGUUGUAG